AAAUGGCAUUGGCUUAUGUCAAGUCAAUUCGGUGUUUUUAUUUUGUGAUUGAUUGUGUGAUUGUGACAGAUGUGUAUUUAUUUAUCAUAAUAUUAUUUGUGGAUAUUAGAUAAAACAUAGUUUCUACUAUUGUUAGCUGCUUAUACUUAUCUUUGAAUCAUGGGCCCACCACCUGUAGUAACUGGUAUAUCACCUAAAGAGGGACCUCCGGGUACCAGAGUUACGAUUCGUGGCGAAUUUUUGGGCACUUCUGCAAUUGACUUAAUUGGACUGAAAAUCUGUGGGUGUGACUGUCUGUUGUCAGCGGAAUGGAAGAGCAAAAAUAAAAUAGUGGCCCGUUCAGGCCCAUGUAAAGGUCGGGGGGACAUUAUAGUCACUACCAAGUCAGGAGGCGAGGGAACAUCAACAGUGCAGUUCAGAGGAUACCAUGAAUCUGUGGGUCCGGUCAAAGAAAGUGCAGUGUGGGUGGAGGAAGCAGCACCUCCCUCUGUGCCAUGGGGUCGGAGACCCAUGUCCCCUACAGCUUACACCCCACCAGAUCCUCUGGGGCUGUCUACAGAAGGAGACGACUGCAAGUUUCCAGAAGAAGAUUUGCAUGAAUUAUUUCCAGAUGGAUCUGGAAAAUUGACAGAUGAAAACUUCCACCCAGGAUGGUACUUGUUGGAGCACCAAAGUAACACUUCUUUUGAAGAUUUGAAGGCUGGAAUGGUCUUUUUGCAGAGGAAGGUUGAAAGUCAAAAAGAAGGACAAUUAAGCUUUCUAAAGGCCAACACUGGUGCUGUAAUGGAUCAGUUGGAUAGACUUGUUCUCCUGAAGAACAUGUAUGAGGAAGACCAGAGAAAGAAUGGAAAAGAGCCUUUACCAAGUUUGCAAGCUGCAAUAGAAGAAUCUAUAACCUUAGCAGAUUCUUUAUUCUCUGAGAUAUUAUCUCGCAAAGAAAAUGCUGAUAAGACGCGCGAAGCGCUGUCUUUGCUCAUGCGACACAAAUUCCUGUUUCAACUGCCAGCUUCUAUAGACAACAAUAUACGAAAGAAGGAGUAUGAUUUGGUUGUAAAUGAUUACACCAGAGUGAAAAAUCUCUUUGGGAAUACUGAUGUUAAGCUCUUCCAGAAAAUCUUAGCUGAGAUUGAUAAGAAGAUAGAGGAUUUGAAAGAAAAGCUGUAUAUAAGACUGAAAACUAUGCCUAUCAAUGUACAGGAACAGACAAAGUAUAUAAGAUUACUAGUGAGUUUGAAUUGGGAGGGCGACGCGGCGUGGGAGGCCAUCACGUGCCGCAAGGAGUACCUCAUGAACCUCAUGGAAAAGGUCAAGGAACACUUCAAGCGUAAAGAGGAACUUGAGAGUGGAGAAAAAGGUAAACGCAAGACAAAGGAGACCGAGAGCGAAGGUUGUUGGAGCGCGGUCCGUUCUGAUUGGUGCGGAGCCGCGUGCGGGGCUCUGUCCGCCUCGCUCAACGCGUUGUGGCCACUCGCGCGCCGCUACUUCGCCCGCGAGCUGGGAGGCGAGCCGCAGCUGCCGCACAGACACGCUCAGUUCAAGGAGAUGAUAAUCUUGGUGGUGGAGCGGUUCUCGAGCGACAUGCGGGGCUGCCUGCUGGGCGGCGGCGCGGCGUCGCACGACACGCUGCGCGCGCGCCUCUGCGCCAACCUGCGACAUCUGCGGGAGGCGCUCGACUCCCUGCUCAAACUCGACCUGCCUAAACAGCCUUUGAGCGUAGUGGAGAAGGUGAUAUUCGAUUACCGCGUGCACGGCAUGACCAUGUUUCUCCAACGAGCGCUGAAGAAAGUCAAGGGGCUCCGCGACAAGGAGACGUGGAAGAUCGAGGAGUACUCCGACUACGGCGCUAUCACUAACCUCCCGCAUCUCCUGGAGACUUACAUGUCAGAAGCCCUAUCCUCUAUACACAAGUGCGUGCUAUCGAGCGGUCGCCGCGAAAGCGCUUUGUUCGAGGACCAAUCAGAAACGACCGGCGUCCUGCAGAAACACACGCAGCAGAUACUACUGGCGUACGUUGCCGUGCUAAGGGAAUUAGCAUUGCCCAAACACGAUCAAGAGUUCAACAACAGCAGCCUGUCGGUAGCCCUGGAGCAGUGCGUGGAGGAGGAGGAGGCGACGCCGCGCGGGCGCCAGCAGCAGCUGCUGGUCGCCGGCGCCGACGCGCUCUACUCGCGUCGUCAGCUGCUGCCGGCGCUCGCCACUGCCUUCCGCAGUUUCGAGCUGCCGCAGCCAACAGAAGCGCUGGAAGCCACGAAGCGAGCCCUGGCAGAGCUGGAGGGCACCAUAGCGGACACGUACCUGGAGCACAAGGGUGACCCACUGGUGGGCACCAUCGAGCCCAGCAUGUACAUGGGCCGGCACAGCAUGCAGGACCACGAGCGAGUGCAGGACGUGCGGCCCUACGUCUACGAGAUCAUCAACAAUCUCAUUGCGGUACAUGCCGAGGUGGACAGCGUAUGCGGUCCGGUGUGCUCCCGCUACAUGCGCGACAUCAGCGAGACGGUGUGCGAGGAGCUGGCGCGGCUGGCGAGCGCGCGCGGCGGCGAGCGCUCGCUGCGCGCGCGCCUCGAGUGUGUUGUGCUGCGACGAGCGCUCGCGCACCAUCUCUCCGGGAAGGCGGAGAACUACCUAAUGGAGGCACUUGCAAGAAUGCCUCCGCUAGAAUCCGAGGAAGACAAAAAGCUAAUGGAUACUCUUCUAGAGGGCUUCAAAAAGCGGAUGGAACUGCAACUAGCUAGCCUUAACUGCAAUAUGGAGACUGUGUAAUAUUAACGUUAUUAUAAUCAAAUCCAAUAUGCUUAUUAUGUUAUUAUUACGUCAUCUUGUAUUUUAUUAAGUUAAAACGUUAUGUGUAUAAAUAUGUUAUUUAUUGUAAUAUG